AUGGCGGGGCUAGAUGAUCCUUUUGCUCUGAGGGCAGACGCUCUAUCAGUUAGGGUGUCAGAAUAUGAUGAAGAUUGUAGUGAGGGGUAUAAUGAAGAUGAUUAUUAUCUGACGAAAGGCGUCUACUACACGCAGCCGUCACCAACCCAGCCACCGUUUCGUACCUUCUGUGAUAUGAGACUUCGUGGCAGGUCACGUAUCAUGGCAAAAGGAACAUUUUGGAUUGGAAAUGAACUGCUUCAUCAUGUCACGAACAGUCGACGUCAGACUCUAAUUAUCGAAGCAACUAUACCCGAACUGGGAUACAGACAGUAUUUUUACUAUGGUUUUGUGGUGAAGAGUGAAGAAGAAGGCUAUGCUUUCACCUAUGACCGCGGUGGCCCAAGUAAUGACCACCCUUUAGGUGAUAUUCUACUGGUUAAUGGAACCAAGUUCUCCACCUACGACGUUGACAACGACCUCAGUGCUGACAACUGUGCAGACAUCCACAAGUCAGGGUGGUGGUUCACGACAUGCGGGGGAUAUAAUCCUACAGGACAACCCCAGCCUCUAAGUGACCAGUUCAUGUCGUCAGAUCCCACCUCUCUGUCGUGGCCGAUAGCUGGCAACUUGUCAAUUCCGUACCUGAGAAUGUUUCUGACCAAUGGACUCGUAGAAAGACACGGAUGA